AUGCCAAGUAUCUUUAGUUCGAUACAAACCUUACCGUUUGUACAUAACAUCCCUGAAUGUCUUAUUGUUAAUAAGGCCAAGUUUCCAGGGCAAGACAAGGGUUACGUCUACUACCAGGACCCUGGCACUAAGACCCCAAUGUUGAUUCAAACUGGGUAUCAUAAUCUGGACUCGGGGAUCUUUUUGAGACGUCUCAUCGAUAGUUCCGCCGUAUACGACGAGUACGAAGACGAGGCACGCGACCAUAUCAUAUUACAUCAUCACGCCAAGAACAAGGCUAGCCCUGUGCCUGUGUGGAUCCUGGAAUUUUUGUGA